AUGUCGAGUGCUGCGGUCACGCCGCAAAUGCGCGCGCAUGGCUGGAAUGUGUACUUUCUUGCAGACGUUAACGCCUUCCACUUUUCUGGUAUUUUUCAGAGUCACGAUAGUGGUUUCUUAACCUUUCGUGAUGUUGUUGAUGAACUUCGUCUUUGUUUCGAGCUCCCUGAUGCUAUGCGCCUCCAAGAAAAUAACGAUGGCAGUCAGGCACAGGACCCUUGGGGUGACAUUGCCUUUGGCUUGAUCAGCCGAGACAAUUCUUUAUCUGAAUCUCCUCGCUUGGUGACCAACGAACAUCGAGACCUGCAAGUCCCCAGCCUUGUAUGCCCUGACUUCCAAGAGCGAGCCGUUGUGCGGUAUCAUCUUGUGCGCCAUUCAGCAUGCAAUCUCCCUUCUGAUGUACCUUUGAAUGCUCAUUUAAACGCUCGAUGCGCAACACAUAUUGCUCGUCCAACCCGUUGUCCCGAACCUCGUUAUUUGCCACCAAAGAAGCCGUCAUCUGAUCCUCGAAUUGCGAUAAUGCCCUUUCGACGAACUCUCAGAGCACGUACCAGUUCUCAAUCCCCAAAACGACGCGCUUCUGGUUCCGCAUCACCAACUAAGCAACAAGAAGAAGAGGAUGUUGCAUCGAUUGUAGCCCCACCGAACAUGGACGAGAUCAACCACGAGUACGCUCGACAAAUCAUGACUCAGUUUAGGUCGUCGUGUCUUGUAAUGGCAUCCCGUUGUGCUGUAUCGGGAAAGGGCCGGUCCUGGUGCAUGACACCAGCUGUUGGACCCGGUCUACAAGCAUGUCACAUAAUUCCGCAGCAGCAUUAUCACCUGUAUCCUGAUUCAAGAGAUGGCCAAAGCUCUGAGCUCAGUCGUCGACGACUCCGGGAUGCGUGGAUGCAGACAUGGUCCGCCACUAAUGGUCUCCUCUUGAUGAGUCAUUUACAUGAGGCCUUCGACGCCAGAUUAUUCUCAAUCCAUCCUGAAACACUUCGCAUUCGCGCAUUUGUUCCCUACGAUAUCUUCAUGGACUAUCAUGGCAUGGAGGCCCGUGUGCCUCCAGAUGUCGAUCGGAAUGCUCUCCGUCAUCACUAUGAAAUGUGUUGUAUUGAGAACAUGGCAGCCAAGAUGCCUUCUGAAGAUCUCAUCGCUCCGCCAUUGGCAAGCCAGACAGGUACUUCAGGUGUAAACACGCCGUUAUCGUCACGGAGUGAUUUCCCCAUAACACCAAGACCAGAUGAUCCAUCCGGCGGUGAUCCGACUAAGAGAUCACAGUCUACCCGAGAUGGCCCAGACAGAGGAUCUUCAGGUUCACAGGUGUUUAGUCAGAGUGUUGUUGAUUCGUUCGACAUGGACGUCAGGGGCUGCAAAAGAAGACGAAUCGAAGACUAUGAGGUUACCUUGUCUGAUAUUGACAGGACGGACUGGGCCAGGGACGGUAUUUCAGACAAUUAUAUCAGUCAUGAGUUCCUGGCAGAUGUCAAUCGGAAACUUAGAAAGCUCGCCAACUUUACUAAAUGA